AUGUGGGUGGAACAUCCUGGUUUUUUGGAUCUGGUGCGAGACUCUUGGGCUGUUGCUUCUAACAUUCCUUGCCCAAUUUAUAAAGUGAUGUUAAAAUUGAAAAGGUUAAAGUGUGCUCUCCAGGAGUGGAAUAAAACUACCUUUGGCAGCUUGGAUGCUAAACUAGCUGAAGCUCAGGAGGAGCUUGCCUCGGUUCAGGCUCGGAUUUCUAGAGAUGGUUACACGGACGCUAGUUUCGACGAGGAAGUCACUAAGCAAGCUGUCAUAAAUACGAUGCUUACCAGAAAAAACAUCCAGCUACAGCAACAAAGUCGUAUUAAGUGGUUACAAGACGGAGAUAGAAACACGGCUUUUUUCCAUAAGGCGCUUCGUCAGAGGAAAUCUGGACUAGUCAUUAGUCAUCUAAACAUUGCGGGUGCCGUGGUGUACGAGCAGUCGGUGAUUGAGCGUCACAUUGUGGAGCAUUUUACUACGCUUUUCUCGCAAGGGGUGACCAGCAGCGUGGAUUUGGUUGAUAUUGAAGCUAAUAUUGAUUUGCAGGUCAAUGAUGAUCAUAAUAGGGGCUUGAUUGAGAUCCCUUCUGAUGAGGAAAUCACGGCGGCAGUCCAUGACAUGGAAGCUAGCAGUGCUCCGGGUCCUGACGGGUUCUCGGGGGUGUUCUUUCAUCGUUGUUGGGACAUCGUUAAAGAGGAUACUAUUAGGGUUGUGCGGUGUUUCUUCCUGAAUUCAUAUCUCCCUAAUGGUUGCAAUGCUAAUACUCUUGUCCUAAUUCCUAAAGUUGAGGCGGUGACCUCGGUUUCGGAUCUCAGGCCGAUCAUUCUUUCGAAUUUCUUCUUCAAGAUCAUUUCCAAAGUUAUGGCGGUCAGGCUCAACAGAGUUGCUUCUGAUAUUGUCUCCCAGAACCAAUUUGGCUUUAUCAGCGGUCGGUCUAUCCACGAGUGCAUCAUGCUCGGUUCUGUAGGCUUUAACUGCAUGAAUCGCACCAAUCGCAGCGCAAACAUGGCUUGCAAAAUUGAUAUCAAGAAAGCUUUUGACACCAUGAGCUGGGACUUCAUUCUCAAAGUCUUUCGUGUUUUGGGUUUCCAUGAAAGAUUUAUCCAGUGGCUUUCCAUCAUCUUUAGCUCUCCUAGAAUUUCCAUUUUAUACAAUGGGCAUCUCAGUGGCUAUUUUGCUUGCACCAGAGGGGUCAGACAAGGAGAUCCUCUUUCUCCUAUUAUAUUUGGUAUAGCCGAAGAUCUGCUUAGUCACUUGAUCUUGAAUUGUGUUGCUGCGCGGCGUCUUACUCCGAUGAGUUUCAGUAGAUCGAUGUUAUUUCCUACGCAUCUACUGUACGCAGAUGACAUUCUCAUCUUUUGUAGGGCCUCCACUCGUAAUGCCAAAACGAUAAAACACAUUCUAGAGUACUAUGGCGAGCUGUCAGGGCAAGUUUGUAGCUUGGAGAAAUCACGCAUUUAUUUUGCGAAAGGGGUCUCUACUUCUAUGAAGCGUGGGAUUAAUCAUGUUUUGAGUUUCACUCAAGGAAGUGAUCGUAUUAUUUAUCUGGGAGAGCCUUUGUUUGUGGGGAAGCCGAGGGCCUCUCAUCUCACUAGCAUCAAAGAUAGAAUUGUUCAAAAGUUUUCUAGAUGGGCUGGCUUGCACCUUUCAAUGGCCGGACGCAUUUGCCUUGUGAAUUCGGUCAUCCAGAGCUCUUUAACUCACACCAUGAUGGUCUACAGCUGGCCGAAGUCUCUUCUCCAUGAGAUUGAUCGAAAGUGUAGGAACUUUAUUUGGACGGGGAAUACUGAACAAAAACCCUCUUGUUCGGUGAAGUGGAGCAGAUGCUGUGCUAUUAAAGAGGAGGGUGGCUUGGGGAUUCGCUCGUUUACUUUAAUGAACAAGAGUUAUCUCAUGAAGCUGGCGUGGAAUAUGAUCAAAGGUAAUUCUUUUGCCCACAAAGUUUUACGCUCUCGCUAUCUUAAACCUCAUGGCUAUGAUAAAGAUAAUGUGGCGAACUCUUCGGUUUGGAUCGGUGUGAAACAUGAGAUUAAUGAUCUGGUGGAUGAUUCUUAUGCCGUGGUGGGAAAUGGAAUGCUUACACUCUUUUGGCUUGAUGAUUGGCUGAGGUACAAGAUUUGUGACAAACUUGGAAUCCCAACUUUCUUAUGGGGUUUUCUGCAGCAUUCUAUUUCCGAUUACUUUUUUGAUGGCUGUUGGCAUUUUUCUGCAAACUUUGUUGAAAGUUUUCCGGAUAUUGUAUGCGAUAUUCUGCUCAUUCCUUUGAGUAAUGCGCCUGACGAGCGCUUCUGGAAACCUUCGUUGCGCGGGGAUGUCACCUUUUCUCUGGCCUUUGCCAAUAUUUCGAAUAGAUAUCCCAAAGUGGUUUGGGGAAAGUGGAUUUGGGAUCCGGCGGUGCCUAUACGCCGUUCACUUACCUGCUGGCGUCUCAUUCAUGGGAGGCUUCCCACGAUUGAUUGCUUGAUUAGACAGGGACUUAUUGCUCCCAAUGCUUGCCCUAUCUGUCUCAUUACUGCGGAGUCUAUCAAUCAUAUUUUCUGGGAUUGCACUAAGGUGAUGCCGAUUUGGGCAACUCUUCUGGGUUGGUUCCGACAGUUCGAUCUGUUAGAUUGCCCGGACAUUCAUAGCUUCUUGGUUAUGGCGUGGAACGCGACCUUUAGCUCUUUACUGCAGAGAUUGUGGAAGAUUGGUAUUCUCAACGUUAUUUGGAUGAUAUGGACUAGCAGGAAUGCCUGCAUUUUCGAAGAUCAGAAGUUUAAUGGAACUAAGAUUCUUAGCUUCAUCAUGACUGCUUUCAAGGAUGCAGAGGCGUCGCCUUUGAAGCUUGGGUAUAUGGCCAAUGAGUGGAGCGAUUACCUCACUUUACGUUCCAUUGGAGUCGCUUCUCGGCCAGCACCUCCUCCAGAUUACGUUUCUGUACAUUGGUGGCCGCCAAAUAUUGGUUGGAUUAAAGUGAACACUGACGGCUCUGCAUCCGGUUCCCCGGGUUUAAUUGCUGGUGGUGGGGUGUUCAGGGAUCACACUGCUAUGGUCCAAGGCUGUUUUCACACUAAAGGAGGAUCGGGCUUUCCUUUUGAGGCUGAGUUACUUGCGGCAAUCACAACCAUUGCUAUCACUUACAACCGUGGAUGGCGCAAGCUUUGGCUCGAGGCGGACUCUUUGUAUGUGGUUGGUCUUUUUCAGCAGCGUUCGAUGGAGAUUCCUUGGCGUUUCAUCAACUAUUGA